GCGGGGCUGGCCAUGAGCACGCAGGCGCGGGGUCAGGGCGCGCGGAGAGCGGCCGAUCCCGACGGCGAGAUGCCCGCCACCGAGAAGGACCUGGCGGAGGACGCGCCUUGGAAGCGGAUCCAGCAGAACACCUUCACCCGCUGGUGUAACGAGCACCUGCGCUGCGUCAACAAGCGCAUCGGCAACCUGCAGCAUGACCUGAGCGACGGGCUGCGGCUGAUCGCGCUGCUGGAGGUGCUCAGCCAGAAGCGCAUGUACCGCAAGUACCACCAGCGGCCCACCUUUCGCCAGAUGCAGCUGGAGAACGUCUCGGUGGCCCUCGAGUUCCUGGAGCGGGAGAGCAUCAAGCUGGUCUCCAUCGAUAGUAAAGCCAUAGUUGAUGGAAACCUGAAGCUGAUCCUUGGCCUGAUAUGGACCCUUAUCCUUCACUACUCCAUUUCUAUGCCAGUGUGGGAGGAUGAAGGUGAUGAUGAUGCAAAGAAGCAGACCCCUAAGCAGAGGCUGCUGGGCUGGAUCCAGAACAAAAUUCCUUACUUGCCAAUCACAAACUUCAAUCAGAACUGGCAGGAUGGCAAAGCACUGGGUGCUCUUGUUGACAGCUGUGCUCCAGGUUUGUGCCCUGACUGGGAGACCUGGGACCCAAAGAAACCCGUGGACAAUGCCCGGGAAGCCAUGCAGCAAGCGGAUGACUGGCUGGGUGUGCCACAGGUUAUUACCCCUGAAGAAAUUAUCCACCCUGAUGUGGAUGAGCACUCUGUGAUGACUUACCUGUCCCAGUUCCCCAAAGCCAAGCUGAAACCAGGAGCUCCUUUAAAACCCAAACUGAAUCCAAAGAAAGCAAGGGCUUAUGGCAGAGGGAUUGAGCCUCAUGGGAACAUGGUGAAGCAGCCUGCCAUCUUCACAGUGGACACCAUCAGUGCUGGGCAGGGUGACCUGAUGGUCUUCAUAGAAGAUCCAGAAGGAAACAGAGAGGAGGCAAAGAUAACUCCAUCCAGUGACAAAAACAAGACCUACUCAGUACAGUAUGUUCCAAGGGUUACUGGACCUCACAAGGUUUCCGUCCUGUUUGCUGGGCAGCACAUCUCGAAGAGUCCAUUUGAAGUGAACGUUGACAAAGCCCAGGGAGAUGCAAGCAAAGUGACAGCAAAGGGACCAGGACUGGAGGCAGCAGGGAACAUUGCCAAUAAACCUACCUACUUUGACCUCUACACAGCAGGUGCUGGUGUGGGUGACGUGAUUGUGGAAGUGGAGGAUCCUCAGGGAAGAAACCUUGCUGAAGUUGUAGUGGAAGACAAAGGCAACCAGGUCUACCGUUGCACCUAUAAACCUGUUCAAGCUGGUCCUCACAUUGUCAAAGUGACUUUUGCUGGGGAGGCAAUUCCCAAAACUCCUUGCACUGUUCUCAUUGGAGAGGCCUGCAACCCCAACGCGUGUCGUGCCACCGGUCGAGGUCUGCAGCCCAAGGGCGUCCGUAUCAGGGAGACAGCUGACUUCAAGGUUGAUACAAGAGCAGCAGGGAGCGGAGAUGUUGGAGUGACUAUCAAGGGACCAAAGGGCUUGGAGGAGUUGGUGAAACAAAAAGGCUUUAUGGAUGGUAUAUAUGCAUUUGAAUAUUAUCCAGCCACACCAGGGAAGUACGUUGUCACAAUUACAUGGGGUGGGCAAAACAUCCCAAAAAGUCCCUUUGAAGUUCAGGUGGGUCAUGAAGCAGGUCCUCAGAAAGUGCGAGCCUGGGGGCCAGGACUGCACGAGGGAGUUGUGGGCAAGUCAGCUGACUUUGUGGUCGAGUCCAUUGGCACAGAAGUUGGUUCUCUUGGCUUUGCAAUAGAAGGCCCUUCUCAGGCUAAAAUUGAGUGUGAUGACAAGAACGAUGGCUCAUGUGAUGUGAAGUAUUGGCCCAAAGAGCCUGGUGAAUAUGCUGUGCACAUCAUGUGUGAUGAUGAGGACAUAAAAGACAGCCCUUACAUGGCCUUCAUUCGACCAGCUUCAGGAGACUUCAAUGCAGAUAAGGUGAAGGCAUAUGGCCCGGGCUUGGAGAGGACUGGCUGUAUAGUGAACAAUCCUGCUGAGUUCACAGUUGAAACCAAGGAUGCUGGGAAAGCACCUCUGAAGAUGUAUGCACAGGAUGGAGAAGGAAACCCUAUUGAUAUCCAGAUAAAGAGCAAGCCUGAUGGUGUGUUUGCCUGCUCCUAUGUGCCAGUUAAACCAAUCAAACAUACAAUUUCUGUUGUCUGGGGAGGAGCCAAUGUGCCCAAUAGCCCAUUUAGGGUCCUUAUAGGUCAAGGGAGUCAUCCUCAGAAAGUCAAAGUGUUUGGACCUGGAGUAGAGAGAACUGGCCUGAAGGCAAGUGAGCCAACCCACUUCACUGUGGACUGCACGGAUGCAGGAGAAGGUGAUGUCAGUGUUGGAAUCAAGUGUGAUGCUCGUGUGGUCAGCAGUGAGGAAGAAGACAUAGAUUUUGACAUCAUCCACAAUGCUAAUGAUACAUUCACAGUGAAGUACUCACCACCUGCUGCCGGGCGCUACACUAUUAAAGUGCUUUUUGCAGGAGAGGAAAUUCCUGCCAGCCCAUUCAGAGUUAAGGUGGACCCCUCACACGAUGCCAGCAAAGUGAAAGCUGAAGGACCUGGGCUGAACAAAACUGGUGUGGAAAAUGGCAAACCAACACACUUCACUGUGUUCACCAAGGGAGCUGGAAAAGCACCACUGGAUGUGCAGUUCAGCAGCUCAGUGCCAGGAGAGGCAGUGAUGGAUCUGGAUAUCAUUGACAACUAUGACUAUUCCCACACGAUUAGGUACACGCCCAUCCAGCAGGGCCCAAUGAAGGUUUUGGUAACUUACGGUGGUGAUCCUAUCCCUAAAAGCCCUUUCACAGUGGGCGUUGCUGCUCCUCUAGACCUAAGCAAAGUUAUAGUCAAUGGACUGGAAAACAGAGUGGAAGUAGGGAAGGAUCAGGAAUUUGUAAUUGAUACCAAAGGAGCUGGUGGGCAAGGUAAACUGGAGGUUAAUAUUUCCAGUCCUAUGAGGAAAGCUGUGCCAUGUCUGGUGGAACCAGUUCUGGGUAAGGAGUGCAGCACUGCAAAAUAUAUCCCACGGGAAGAAGGACUCUAUGUGGUGGAUGUGAGUUAUGAUGGCAACCCAAUCCCAGGGAGCCCCUACACUGUGGAGGCCACAUUACCUCCAGACCCUUCCAAGGUAAAAGCUCAUGGUCCAGGUCUUCGAGGGGGUCUUGUUGGAAAACCAGCCCAAUUUACAAUAGAUACCAAAGGGGCAGGAACUGGAGGUUUGGGUUUGACAGUGGAAGGCCCAUGCGAAGCUAAAAUUGAAUGUUCGGACAACGGCGAUGGAACCUGCUCUGUCUCCUACCUGCCUACGAAGCCUGGAGAGUAUUUUGUAAACAUCCUCUUUGAAGAAGUUCACAUUCCUGGUUCACCCUUUAAGGCAGAUAUAGAAAUGCCAUUUGAUGUGUCUAAAGUCAUUGCCACAGGCCCAGGUCUGGAGCGUGGUAAAGUAGGCGAGGCAGGGCUGCUAAAUGUCGACUGCACGGAAGCGGGUCCUGGGGACCUGCGGGUGGACAUGGUGUCAGAUACUGGUUCCAAAGCUGAGGUCCAGAUCGAUGAUAACAAAGACGGGACCUAUGUCGUUACCUACGUGCCACUCUCAGCUGGCAUGUACACAAUCAAGAUGAGAUACGGAGGAGAGCAAGUGCCUAAAUUCCCAGCCCGGGUCAAAGUGGAGCCAGCUGUGGACACAAGCAGAGUUAAAGUGUUUGGGCCAGGAGUCGAAGGAAAAGAUGUCUUCCGAGAAGCUACAACUGAGUUCACUGUGGAUGCUCGACCUCUAACAAAGGCUGGUGGUGACCACAUCAGGACACAGAUCACGAGCCCAUCUGGCUCCCCCACAGACUGUCUCAUCCAAGACAACGCGGAUGGAACAUAUUCAGUGGAGUACACGCCAUUUGAAAAGGGUCCGCACACAGUCAGCGUGACGUAUGACGGUGUGCCUGUGCCAAAUAGUCCCUUCAGAGUGAAUGUCGCAGAGGGCUGCCAUCCAUCACGUGUGAAGGCACAAGGACCUGGACUUACAGAAGCUUUCACAAAUCAGCCCAAUGCCUUUUCAGUUGUCACCAGAGGGGCAGGAAUUGGUGGCCUUGGAAUAACUGUUGAAGGACCUUCAGAAUCUAAAAUUAGCUGUAAAGAUAACAAAGAUGGGAGCUGCAGUGCCGAGUAUAUUCCUUAUGUUCCAGGAGAUUACGAUGUUAACAUCACUUAUGGGGGAGAGCAUAUUCCUGGCAGUCCUUUCAAGGUUCCUGUAAAGGAUGUUGUGGAUCCCAGCAAGGUGAAGAUAGCAGGACCAGGUCUGGGUACAGCUGUUCGAGCCAAAAUCCCCCAGUCCUUCACUGUAGACACCAGCAAGGCAGGAAUAGCGCCUCUUGAAGUGGUGGUGACAGGACCCAGAGGAGUUGUGGGACCUGUCAAUGUGGUAGACAAUGGAGAUGGCACCCACACGGUGGUGUACACCCCUAUGCAGGAGGGACCCUACAUGAUCACUGUCAAAUAUGCUGAUGAAGAGAUUCCUCGAAGUCCCUUCAAGGUGAAGGUGCUUCCUACGUAUGAUGCCAGUAAAGUGACAGCGAGUGGUCCAGGGCUCAGUUCCUAUGGCAUUCUAGCCAGCCUGCCUGUGGAGUUUGCUGUGGAUGCUAAGGAUGCUGGGCAGGGACUUCUGGCUGUACAGAUCACGGACCAAGAGGGCAAACCCAAGAGAGUGGACAUUCAUGACAACAAGGAUGGCACUUACACGGUCACCUAUGUCCCUGACAAAACUGGUCGCUAUACGAUUGGCGUGAAGUAUGGUGGAGAUGAUAUCCCGGCCUCCCCCUAUAGGAUCCGGGCAUCUCCAGCUGGGGAUGCCAGCAAGUGUUUGGCCACAGGUCCUGGAAUUGCACCCACUGUGAAGACUGGUGAGGAGGUUGGUUUUGUGGUAGACGCCAAAUCAGCAGGGAAGGGAAAAGUGACGUGUACCGUCCUCACGCCAGAUGGGACAGAAGCUGAAGCAGAUGUUGUUGAAAAUGAGGACGGGACUUAUGAUAUCUUCUACACUGCUGCCAAACCAGGAACCUAUGUGAUUUAUGUCCGCUUUGGUGGGGUGGACAUUCCCAACAGUCCUUUCACUGUCAUGGCUGUAGAUGCAGAUGAUGUCGCCGCACAGUCGCAGGAGCCAGUGGGCGCUUCCCCCCCCGGAUUCCGCCCUUGGGUUACAGAAGAAGCUUAUGUCCCCGUUGGAGACAUGAAUGGCAUGGGGUUCAGGCCCUUUGAUAUGGUUAUCCCAUUUGCUGUAAGGAAAGGAGAAAUAACAGGUGAAGUACACAUGCCCUCUGGAAAGAUGGAUACACCAGAUAUCGUGGAUAAUAAAGAUGGCACAGUAACAGUGAAAUAUGCUCCUACUGAGGUUGGGCUCCAUGAAAUGCACAUAAAAUACAUGGGAAAUCACAUCCCAGAGAGCCCUCUGCAGUUCUAUGUCAAUUACCCCAACAGUGGCAGUGUGUCUGCUUAUGGGCCUGGCCUCAUUUAUGGGAUUGCAAAUAAACCAGCAACUUUCACCAUUGUCACAGAAGAUGCAGGAGAGGGUGGGCUGGACUUGGCUAUUGAAGGACCUUCAAAAGCAGAGAUCAGUUGCAUUGAUAACAAAGAUGGGACAUGCACAGUCACGUACCUGCCUACUCUGCCUGGGAACUACAGCAUCCUGGUAAAAUACAAUGACAAACACAUUCCAGGCAGUCCAUUCACAGCCAAGAUCACAGAUGAUAACAGAAGACGGUCUCAGGUUAAGCUUGGUUCUGCUGCUGACUUCAUGUUGGAUAUCAAUGAGACUGAUCUCAGUCUCCUAACAGCCAGCAUUAAAGCCCCAUCUGGUCGUGAUGAGCCUUGUCUUCUGAAGAGGCUGCCCAAUAACCACAUUGGCAUCUCAUUCAUUCCACGGGAAGUAGGAGAACAUCUGGUUAGCAUCAAGAAAAACGGGAGCCAUGUACCAAACAGCCCUGUAACAAUCAUGGUGGUCCAGUCUGAGAUCGGCGAUGCCAGACGGGCAAGAGUUUUUGGACGUGGCUUGGUAGAAGGACGAACCUUUGAAAUGUGUGACUUCAUUGUGGACACAAGAGAUGCCGGUUAUGGUGGGAUCUCACUGGCAGUUGAAGGACCCAGCAAGGUAGAGAUCCAAACUGAAGAUCUAGAAGAUGGAACUUGCAAAGUGUCCUAUUUUCCAACUGUACCUGGUGUGUACAUUGUGUCCACUAAAUUUGCAGAUGAACAUAUUCCAGGCAGCCCAUUUAGUGUGAAGAUAAGUGGUGAAGGAAGAGUUAAGGAGAGCAUCACACGAACAAGACGGGCUCCUUCUGUUGCAACAGUAGGAAGCAUAUGUGAUCUGAACCUAAAAAUCCCAGAAAUUGAUUGUGCUGAUAUGACAGCUCAGGUAACCAGUCCCUCUGGGAGAAACUUUGAUGCCGAAAUUGUAGAGUGUGACAAAAACACUUACUGUGUCCGCUUUGUGCCACAAGAAAUGGGGGUCCACACUGUGGAUGUCAAAUACAAAGGGCAGCCGGUGCCAGGCAGCCCCUUCCAGUUCACCGUGGGGCCACUGGGCGAGGGAGGAGCCCAUAAAGUGAGAGCUGGAGGCCCAGGGCUGGAGCGUGGAGAGACAGGUGUUCCAGCUGAGUUCAGCAUAUGGACACGGGAAGCUGGAGCUGGAGGGCUGUCUAUUGCUGUAGAAGGCCCAAGUAAAGCAGAAAUCACCUUUGAUGACCAUAAAGAUGGAUCUUGUGGUGCAUCAUAUAUAGUUCAAGAGCCGGGCAACUAUGAGGUGUCCAUAAAGUUCAAUGAUGAGCACAUUCCUGAAAGCCCCUACCUGGUUCCUGUCAUCGCCCCCUCCGAUGAUGCUCGCAGGCUCACUGUCACUAGUCUUCAGGAGUCUGGAUUAAAAGUUAAUCAGCCAGCAUCCUUUGCUAUAAGGCUGAACGGGGCAAAGGGCAAGAUCGAUGCUAAAGUCCACAGCCCCUCCGGAGCUGUUGAAGAGUGCCAUGUGUCUGAGCUGGAGCCAGAUAAAUACGCCGUUCGGUUCAUCCCCCACGAGAACGGCAUCCACUCCAUCGAUGUGAAGUUCAACGGGAGCCACGUGGUGGGCAGCCCUUUCAAAGUGCGCGUGGGCGAGCCUGGCCAGGCGGGCAACCCUGCCCUUGUCACAGCCUACGGAUCCGGCCUGGAGAGCGGCACCACGGGACUGCAGUCGGAGUUUUUCAUUAACACGACCAAGGCUGGUCCAGGUACCCUCUCUGUUACAAUUGAAGGGCCAUCAAAGGUGAAAAUGGACUGCCAGGAAACUCCAGAAGGUUACAAAGUCAUGUACACACCCAUGGCUCCAGGAAACUAUUUAAUUGGAGUUAAAUAUGGUGGACCUAACCACAUAGUGGGCAGCCCUUUCAAGGCAAAGGUUACAGGGCAGCGACUGGUUAGUCCAGGCAGUGCCAACGAAACCUCUUCCAUCCUGGUAGAGUCAGUGACAAGGUCAUCGACUGAAACUUGCUAUAGCGCCAUUCCCAAAUCCACCUCGGAUGCCAGCAAAGUGGUUUCCCGGGGAGCAGGACUCUCAAAGGCUUUUGUGGGUCAGAAAAGCUCAUUCUCUGUGGACUGCAGCAAAGCAGGUUCCAACAUGCUGUUAGUUGGUGUCCACGGACCUACAAUACCAUGCGAAGAGGUGUCCAUCAAGCAUUUGGGCAGCCAUCAGUACAAUGUCACUUAUGUCGUCAAGGAAAGGGGGGACUAUGUCCUGGCAGUGAAGUGGGGUGACGAGCACAUUCCUGGGAGCCCCUUCCACGUCACCGUUCCAUAGACGCGCUGUCAGUGCUCUCUGUCUGCGUUCGCAGUUCAGAUGUAGAGUUGUACUGGGUGCAGCCGUGUUGCAAAAUGCAGUUUCUAGAUAGACACGGCUCACAUUUCAAUAGUCAGACAUAAAUUCUAACUGUUUUUACAAGCAUUUCACUUCUAUCCUACUUACCAACCUAAUGUCGAUUUAUUUAAUAUCUCCUCAAAUUGUACCUUUGUAGUACUGUCCGGGACCCUGUUAAUGUUUGGAGAAUCAUGUGGAUGACUAGACACUAAUUUCCCUUGCGGAUGUUAAAGACUUUAGAUGUUAAUUGAAAACUGGAAUUUGUCUUUGUAAUUGGGUAUCUUAACUACUGAUUUUAUUUGACUGGAGACUUUACAUUUUAGUUAUGGAAUAUGACUUGGGCUGUCCCCAGUUCAAAUUCUUUUCUGUAAAGAAAUGAGGUAAAACUGGUACUAUGGUAGGUGCCUUUGUAUACUUGAUCAAUUUUAACGCUUAACAUUAUAAAAAGCUAUUAGAAGUAGCUUUACCACUCAAAUUGAAAAUGUUUCUGAAAAUUCUUUGCCAAUGGUUUACAUUUAGAAAAAGUUUAUCUUUUAUAGCAGACCAAAAGCAGAUUGAAAAUUACUUCACCUGUAAGCUUUCAGCCUCUCUAUGUUAACGCUUUGUAACUCUAGAGACAGAUAGCUUUUUGGCCAUAAUGCUAGUAAUGCGGUUUUUAAUGAGCUUGGGAUGCUGCUGAUGUUUCUUCAACUUUACAGGUAACCCCCCCACACACUCUUUUUGAUUUAAGAACAAGCCCUGGGUUGGCUGGGUUAAGUAAAGCCCCUGAAUUUGCCAAGCCAGGCAUGGCUGUCACCUGUGUGACCCAGAGUCGCUGCGGUCCGGAGCACCAAGAUGUGUUGAGAAGAUGACCAUUGGUUUCCCUGGAGGCUGCAGGCCAGGCCGGUGUCUAAUGAGGCAAAGAAGCCUUCCUGGGAAUGGGACCCACAUCUGCAGUGGGACACAGGGUGGGUCUGUGAAGUUACCAGUAAUAGCAAUACCAAUAAUAGCAAUAUCAAUGAACAAACCCCUCUUUGGUGCAAGGUGUUAUAUUGUAUCUCAGUCCAAGGACAUGCCUGAAGCAAACUCAUCUCCCCUGAAAUCCCCUUUGUGCUGCAACAGGCAUUCUGCUGAGGGUUAGGGAGUGGAAACUUCCUUGUAACUUGUCUGUUUGUCCCGGAUUACUCCAUACUACUUCCCAGGUACAUAUCUGAAUUGCUGUCAGCUGCUGGGGCUUUAGUAAACUCUCCUGAUGAGCUCAAACUCUGCAGUUUGGAGAAGGCAGGAUUUGUUGAAAACCUGUUGACAUGUCACUGUCCCUUGGGAGAAGUUCAUGCUUACGGUUCUAUAAUUAUGUGUGGAUGUACUGCUCUCCAGCACAGUUACUGGGAAAAAAAGGAAGGUUGGGUUUUUUUUACUGUGCUUUUUUAGUGCCUUAAUGUGAAAUGCUCACUACAUUGUAAACUAGAAAGUAAAAACAAAAUAAACUGGAAUAAAAUGCAGGAUUGUAAAAUUGUAUCUUAUAACUUAUUAAAUAGAAAUGUUUGCUUCAUUAAAAUGUGCAUGUUAAAAACAA